UUCGCCCCUCAGACAACAGAUCAGCAGCUCCCGUCAAUGCCAUCCGCCCGCCUCUCACUCGACGGUGGCUGAGGAAGAGAGAGGAGGGGUGGUGGUGCUUGUAAUAAUAAUAAUAAUACUAAUAAUAAUAAUAAUAAAGCAGAAGAAGAAGAAGAAGAAGAAGAAGCGAAUCCAGGAAACCCAGAGCUUCGGGCGGAAUGAGUCGGGCACGCUGACAAAAAACAGCCUCAACCUAGUAUCGCCCCGAUACUGGGUACAAAGAGAGCGCGUCGCGGAGACGGCGAGGCAAGCGGGAGCAAGUUUGCUGUAAAUGGAUGCCGCUAUGGAUUACGAAAGGCCGAAUGUUGAAACCAUUAAGUGUGUUGUUGUUGGAGACAAUGCUGUUGGAAAGACACGGCUUAUCUGUGCGAGAGCAUGUAAUACCACCUUAACACAGUACCAACUACUGUCCACGCAUGUCCCUACUGUCUGGGCAAUUGAUCAGUAUCGUGUUUGUCAAGAGGUGCUUGAACGCUCUCGAGACGUCGUAGAUGAAGUUAGCAUAUCACUAAGACUGUGGGAUACAUUUGGUGACCACCAUAAGGACAGGCGUUUUGCGUAUGGCAGGUCUGAUGUGGUUGUCCUAUGCUUCUCAAUUGCUAAUCCCAAUUCCCUUAACCACGUAAAGACAAUGUGGCUUCCUGAAAUCAAGCACUUUUGUCCACGAACACCAGUUGUCUUAGUUGGCUGUCAGCUGGAUUUGCGUUAUGCUGAUCUUGAAGCUGUAAAUCGUGCACGACGACCUUUAGCAAGGCCAAUAAGACCCAAUGACAUCUUACCUCCUGAGAAGGGCCGAGAGGUAGCCAAAGAACUUGGGAUUCCAUAUUAUGAAACCAGCGUGUUUGAUCAGUUUGGCAUCAAGGAUGUAUUUGAUAAUGCGGUCAGAGGAGCACUGAUUUCCAGGCGACACCUUCAGUUCUGGAAAUCUCAUCUAAAGAAGGUGCAGAAGCCUUUGCUCCAGGCUCCAUUCCUACCACCUAAACCACCACCUCCAGUCAUGAAAAUUCCAGAUAAUCCUGUGAGUGCUUUCAGACCUAGCCACCUGCUCAACAAUCCACUAUGUGCUGAUGUUAUGUUUGUACUUAAGAACCAAGUUAAAAUCUAUGCUCACAAGGUAUACCUGGCUACCUCAUCUUCAAAAUUUUACGAUCUGUUUUUGUUGGAACUAACUGUUGACGCGCAAACAACUGAGAAAAAUGAGAAACCAGUGAAAUCAUGUCGAGACCAUUUGAUGAGAACUUUGAGUCUUGAUACAGAUGAUGAUGGCAGUGAAAUCUGUGUUAGCUCAACACAUUGCACUCUGAGAGCAUCCAAGAGUGAUGGCAUUUUGAAAGUGAGCAUGCAUGACAACGAAUCCUCGGCAGUGAAUGAAAUGCAAGCAGGAAAACCGCUAUCUUCGUGGAGCAAGGCCUUUAAUUAUAUUCACGAAGAAGUCCUGGAGAACCCUGUAACAAAGAGGACAGGUGUAAUCACAGUGGUUACAAUGGACCCAUCAAUCCAGCCAGGGCCCUUUGAAGCUGUACUACGAUUUCUCUACAUGGGAGAGCUGGAUGAAAACGAGAAAGAUCUGAUGAGAAUUGCACAAAUAGCAGAAAUUUUGGAAGUUUUUGAUUUGCGUAUGAUGGUUGAAAAUAUUCAAAAUAAAGAAGCCUUUAUGAAUCAGGAGAUCACAAAAGCAUUUCACGUCAGGAAAGCAAAUCGAAUAAAAGAAUGCUUAGUAAAGGGAACAUUUUCUGAUGUAAUUCUUAAAUUAGAAGAUGGGAGUAUUAAUGGCCAUAAGUCUCUGCUAAUUUCUAGUUGUGAAUGGAUGGCAGCUAUGUUUGGAGGAUCUUUCCUGGAGAGUUCCAUCAAAGAGGUCUACUUCCCCACUACAAGCAAGGCUUGUAUGCAAGCAAUUCUGGAGUACCUGUACACCAGCCAAUUCUCAUUCAAUUCACAGCUUGAUCCAAUUGAGUUAAUUGCCCUGGCAAACAGGCUGUGCCUUCCACGUUUUGUGGCUCUGACAGAACAAUAUGCUGUGCAGGACUUUCUAAAAGCAGCAAAGGAAGGUGUUAAUAUUGAUGGAGAAGUGUUAACAUACCUGGAACUUGCCCAGUUUCAUAAUGCACAUCAACUGGCAGCUUGGUGUUUGCAUCACAUCUGUACGAGUUACAACAGUGUUUGCUGCAAGUUCAGGAAAGAGAUAAAAGCAAUAUCUCCUGAGAACCAAGAGUAUUUUGAAAAGCACCGUUGGCCGCCUGUGUGGUACCUUAAAGAAGAGGACCAUUACCAGCGAGUGAAAAAGGAGCGGGAGAAAGAUGAGGUUGCUCUUCACAAGCAUCACUCGAAACGCAGGUGGUGCUUCUGGCAUCAUUCUGCUGUUGCCUGAAACCUCUUAAAAACCAAUUCUAAGAAUUACCCAGAACAUCCUGUGCAUUAUUAGAUAGAUUUAAUAAAACACAAUGUAUUUGUCUUAAUUCUUGUUUACGGUAUUAAAAAAGAGGCUUUCUUUGGAUAAUUGGCCGUGUGUGUAUUUAAACAAUUAUUGUUACGUUUGAAGCACAACCUUUUGUCCAAACAACCUGCUUGCUAUAACAAACUGGUCCUCAUGUGGUGCCUAUAGAUCUGUUUAAAACACUUUUAAUAGAGAUAACUGUCAACAGUGACUUUUCUUUUGUUCUGAAAAGAAUCACCACUGUUGGGUUUUAAUUUGAAAUAAAAUAUUUUAUUAUUUUUGUAUUGGUGUUGGCUAUAUAUGUUUGUUGUCACCUAUGUAGAGAGAGUAGUAAUAUAGAUUUAUGUAAUAGUAAUGUAGAUUUUGUAUAAUUAGAAGGGCUUAGAAACAAUGCAAAAAGUGGCUUACUACGGACCUAAAUACACACAGGUAACUUGGAGCAGUUAACUGCUUCUGCUAUAUGCAUCUUUCUAGUCAUGCUGUUUUAUCAUAAAAGUCAUUAUUGCUGCACAGUUACUGUAUACCCCAAAUGUUAAUUUUUAAAGUGAAACUAAAGCUGUGUGUUACUUAAGAUUUUUUGGGGGGAAAAUGUUAGAAAUUGACUGUUGGAUUAUUUUGAGCAAUGGAAAAGUAAUGUACUAAAGUUCUGUUCAACCUUAUUUUUGCCAAAAGUUUUCUGCAUGGAAUGAUAUUGCAGACUAAUGUAACAUCGAUCUGUUGCGGAUGUCAGCUGCUGACACCAAGUGGCUGGUUCAUUUGGUUGCAGUUCUUUUAGCCUUUGACCUUUGUGCUCAUUACCUUUCACUUUUUUUUGCAUCAAUAAAUUACGUACACGUUGUGACUAUGUUAUAGUAGAAUUGUAGGGUGAUGUGAAACUUUUUAUCAAGAAAUUGGAUGUCUCUUUUGUAGUUUCCAUGGUAUAUUCAGUAAAUAUAUAUUCCACGUUGCAUUUGUUCUGUAAAGUCUCUAAUUUGAAAAAUAUUAAUUUUCAUGUGCAUAGGCUUCUAAAGUACCACUAACAUUCAUAAUAUGAUAUUAUUGUUCAGUUUAUUUGGUGGAAUAAUUGCAGAUCCAACCAAGAUGCUGCCAACACUGAAUGUUUGUGUUUAGAUCAUGUUGCUGAAAGCACAAUGACUGUGAUCAACUUUAUAAAAAGAUUUUAAUACUAGCUUUGUUAUUUGUUCAAUAGCAUUUGUUUUCUGUAGAUUGUGAUCUGAAAUGGAUGUGUGAGGCUAUACUAAGGUGACAGUGCCUCACUUGGUAAUACUUUCACCUCUUGAGUCUAGAUAUAUUGUGAGAUCAGGACCUGAUCCAAAGAUUUGACUGUAGUCGUAUCUGAGUUACAAUUUCAAUGUAAUAUUGAAAUGUUGCCUCAAUAGAAUUGCUGUAUCCAAAAGACUGCAGUCUCCUCAUUGUGUCUUAGUAGUUCUACUCAAAACUGUUUUACUGAAUCCCUGUUUCUGGAUAUGAAGUUGGAGGAUUGUUAUUUUGAGCCAAGAAGAACAUGGAUAGAAUUUGAGGAAUAUUCAUCCAAAGGUGAGAUAAUAACUACAUGUUGGUAUAAAAACAAAGUUGGCUGGAAGUGGAAUGGUGUAGCACUGAUUUCUAAGUACAGGUACAGGGAGUUCUGCUAUAACAUGACAUGUGUGUUCCUGUGAUACAUUAUGUUGUGGAGAAUCACAUUAUAAAACAAAUUGUAAGUGGCCAGAAAGGGUUAGGGCUAGAGUUUCAGACUCGCAAUAACAUUUUUAUCCCUGCAGGAUUUUCAAAAAUAAAAGUAUUUUUAAUAUCUA